GGUCAAAUAAUCGCAAGUCGCACGCCAGUCGCCCGGUUCCUCUUUCCUUUCCCUCUCUAUUAUCGUUCUUAUUUAAAAUCUAAAUACAGCUGCCGCCACUGCCGUCAAAACUCACAACCACGGCCCCACCGCUCUCCACUCGCCGGCAAAUCACGGCACCGCUCAUACAAAAUUGACAAAAGGCGAAUCCAUCAACAUGGAUAGGAUCAGUUACUUACCGGACACUAUUCUUUGCGACAUUCUCUCAUACCUCCCAACAAAACAAGCUGUAUCCACCAGCAUCCUCGGUCGCAGGUGGCGCCAUGUUUGGGAGAAUCUCCAAGUCCUUGACAUAGAUGAUAGAUCCUUUUGGUCCUCUGGGGAAGCCAGCUUUGAUUCUUUUGUCAAUGCUAUUCUAGCUCUGCGCAAUGCAGAUUCGUAUCCCAUCGAAAAGUUCCGCCUCACUUGCGAAAAAUUUGAAGAGGAUGCCAUCUCAACAUGGCUUAAUGCCGUCAUUGGGCCCCGUCUUCAGGAACUAGAUCUCAGCCUUAAAGUAAAUGUAAUGUUUGGAAUCAACUUGCCUAAAGCCAUAUUCACGUGUACAUCACUUAAGUCCCUUGUUUUGCAAGGUGAUAUUUCAUUGUAUUAUGGUCCAGAGUUUCCAGAUGUAUAUCUGCCAUCCCUCAAGAACCUAGAGUUGAAUAUUUCCCGUGUGGACAACAAGUUUUUAUCUGGCUGUCCUGUUCUUGAAAAUCUUAAGCUCAUUCUACAAGGUUAUGUUUAUAUACCUACAAUUCAGAUGCCCCAGACAUUGAAGAGUUUAACCUUUGAAGAUUACUCUAUCGUGUGUGAUGAGAUUAACCAUCGUGUGAUAGACACACCAUCUCUUGAAUACCUCCAUGUGAAAAUAGUGACGCCGGUGUUUUCUGAGCUACAGAUUUCGGUUAGCCAUUUUCCCAACAUGGUGGAGGCACAUGUUGAUAUUCGUGAAGAACACAAACUUGAUGAACAUGUCUGUUGGGUGCCCAUGCUUCUCCAGGCACUUCGUGAAACAAAGUUGUUGGCACUGAAACCUUACACAACACGGUGCUUAUUUAGUGCUCCAGCUUUCAAGUUUCCAGAAUUUCACCGUUUGCUCAAUCUAGAGCUUGAUAUUCCAUUUUUCAACACAAACUUCCUGCUAAACUUCCUUCACAGCUGUCAUGUACUUGAAGCUCUCGUAAUUCGUAUUUGGGAGGAAGUCUAUGUCCGCACCAUGGACUAUAAUGGACCAACACCACCAACCAUGGUUCCCAGUUGUGUGACAUCACAUCUCAAGAGUUUUGAGUUUAGAGAAUAUCAAAAUGCUGCAGAUGAAUAUGAAUUUGUUGCAUAUCUUUUACAAGCAGGACUUGUUUUGAAGACAGUGACAAUUCAUCUUAAAUCUGGUUUUGACCGAGAGACAAAGUACAAUAUUGUCAGGGGUUUAUCUGUUAUACCGAGGGGCUCUACAAUAUGUCAGCUAAAUUUUCAUUGAUCAAAAUCCCAUUUAACAUGGAUGAUGGCAUCUCUACUCUCUGGGAAACCUGCCAAACGUUUGCUUGUUUUAUGGUUAUAUUCACAAAACAUGUGGGCUGCUAUUUAACCGUGUUGCUAGAUUAAACCACUCUAUACCCACCAGCGUCCUGUCUCGCAGGUGGCGCUGCCUCUGGAAGGAGCUCCCGGUCUUGGACAACUAGAGUUGUUUGUUUUGACCAAAAUGAUAGUUAAAUGCUUACAUUUGAUUUUCUUCUGUUGACCUAUUCGAUAUGGUAAUUACAAGGAUGUAAAAUUGAUUAAACCUCAUAAAAUCUAUGUCUAGCCGUCUAGGUACAUUAUUCUUCAAGGACUCAAAUGAAAAAGAAUAGCUAAAAAUUUUAACCUGCGGUAGCAGACCCAGUAAUUUGAGACAUAUAUUCAUGAAUUUGACAAAUGUUAUUUAUAUUUGGCAAAA